AUCAUCUAUACGCUUGCGAUUGUUGACUUGCCAGAGCUAAUCUAUAGAGGCUUUCUAUAAAAUGUUUCCUUUUCUUAUAGCCUUUCAAAGUCUUCGCUCUACCGGUAGAAAAGUAAGGUGUGAGAGAUGAGAAGGAAUUCUUGCUAUAUUUUGUUUCUAUUUUUCACAUUCACUUUUCAUUUUUGUUUGAUUUUUGAGGUAGCUGGUGAACGUGAUCCGCUGAUUGGAUCACAAAGGGAAUCGUUGGAGACAAUCAUUGGCGGCGGUGGCUAUACUGCUGCUCCUCCUCCUGAAAUUGAGGAUUGCCCAGCGCCUCCACCCCCCCCAGAACCCGUCUGUCCCCCACCACGGCAACAUCCACUACCCCCAUCACCUCCUCCUCCACGUCCACCCGAACCACCAAAGCUACCACCAAAUAUAUUAAGGGAUUAUGAUACAAUUCAGAAAUUCAGCAAGAAAAUUACUAUCGAUCCCAAGGGCAUAACAAGAUCAUGGAAUAGGGCGGACAAAAAUGUCUGUAGAUUUGUUGGAUUUCAAUGUGAUUACAGGCCUGACACUGGUGUGCUAUCUGUGGCGGCAGCAAACUUCAACGGUUGCAACUUUAGUGGCCCUAACUUUCAGUUAAAAGAUUUACUCGAUCAGUUGGUGGACUUGUCUAUCUUCCACGCAAAUUCUAACAAUUUCGCUGGCAUUUUGCCGAAUGAAAUGGAAUUUCAAAGCAUCAAAUUCUUAUUCGAGCUCGAUCUAAGCAACAACAAGUACACGGGUGGAUUCCCUAUGUCAGUUCUUGGUGCCACCAGCUUAACCUUCUUAGACAUCAGGUUCAACUCAUUUUCCGGGCCAAUUCCAAGAGAACUGUUCAAUCUAGACCUAGACGUGCUUUUCCUCAACAACAAUCAAUUCACUCAACAGCUUCCUGAUAAUAUUGGCUCUACCCCAGCCUUAUAUCUCACAUUCGCUAACAACCACUUCACUAGGCCUAUUCCAAGCAGCAUAGGCAGAGCUAAAAAUCUAUUAGAGGUGCUUUUCUUGAACAACAACUUGACAGGGUGCUUGCCAUACAAGAUUGGUUUCUUGAAUGAGUCCACCGUGUUCGAUGUAAGCUGCAACAAGCUGACUGGCCCAAUACCACACUCAUUUGCCUGCUUGACAAAGAUAGAGAUCCUGAACUUGGCCACGAAUGAGUUUUACGGGCCAGUGCCGGAGAUGGUGUGCAAGCUCCCAAAUCUGCAAAACUUGUCAUUGUACGGCAACUAUUUCACUCUGGUCGGACCUGAGUGCAGGAAGUUGAUUCAGUUGAAGAGGCUUGACGUUGGAAAGAACUGCAUUUUAAAUCUUCCAAAUCAGAGAACAGCAGAACAGUGUAGAGAAUUCUUCUCCAAGCACAGGAAAUGUCCUAAUGAGAAGUCACUCUCAAUUAUUCCUUGCAGUAAGAACUAUCGCAGCACAGCUGCAAAGUUUGAUCAGCAAUCAACAGUUUCAGCUCCACCACCUAAAUCAUAUGAUGCUCUUUCACCACAAAAUAAGUUGCGAUUUUAAUGUUAAUGGAGACCCAUUUAUUA